UUGAGUUUACUUUACUAUAAAUUUGUUUAUUAAUUUUCCUACUUAGUUCCAGUUUAUCAAAUUGUGGUUUUUCAAGUGAGCGAAAACAUGUCGGUGAAAGUUUACUAUUAGGCUUAAGCAUAGGAAAUCUACAAGCAUUUAAGUUUUCUUGAUAAUUCUACCUUUGCCUUUCAGUGAUAAGGGAGGAACGAUAAUGACCUAAUCUAAAGAUUUCCUUCAGUCGUCAAUCGUCAUAAUUAUGUUUUAUAAAGGAUAGUUAACAUGUAUUGUAUAUAAAAGGGAAUGAUAUAACAAUAUCACAAUGUCAGAAGACUCACAAACACUCACAGCCCCAAUUUCUUUAACCACAUAUCAUCAACUGAGUUUGACAGUUGAAUCUGCUAACAUAAGAGCUUCUGGUCUCUUCAAACCCAAUCCAUACCUCCAAGUGGCAGUAAAUGACAAUGUCUUUAGAAGGACUGAAGUUAUUAAGAAUACCCUACAUCCCAAAUGGAAGGAGGAGUUCACACUGCUUGUAACACCAUUGUCUAAUAUUGUUUUCCGAUUAGCAGACCAUCAUAGUUUCAGGAAAGACAACAUUCUUGGUGAAAAUAAAUUAAAUAUUCCAAAAGUUCUUUUAUAUUUUAAUGGAAAAAUUGAAAAUCUGGAAGUAACAAUAGAUUUGAUGAAAUCAGUGUCUCAGGACAAUGCUUUAAACACAGAGGUCAAAUCAGCAGAACUAGUAAUACUUCUUGAUGGGCUUAAAUUAGACCCAGCCACCUUAAACCACCCUGAGGUGGUAGGAGAGCCAUUGACUUCUCGGACCCCAUUUGGUGAAGGGAUUAGAGCUAGAGUAAGACUAAGAAACACUGAAGCACCAGUUCGGACCCAAGUUCGUCUACCAAGCUUCAGACCACCACCCGGACCCCCUCCCAUAAGUAAUGGGGCACUUCCAUUUGGAGAAAGUGGAGCCGGACCUUCGCGAGUAGAGACAGACACAAAUACCCAAUCUAAUGUGACACCUCAGCCACAAAGUGGUUCCAGCACUCAGGCACAGACCACCAGCGCUGGAGAAGAUCCUUUACCGCCCGGCUGGGAAAUGAGAUAUGAUGUGUAUGGCAGGAGGUACUAUGUGGAUCACAACACGCGGUCGACGUCGUGGGAGCGGCCGCAGCCCCUGCCGUCGGGGUGGGAGGUGCGGCGCGACGCAAGAGGCCGCGUCUACUACGUGGACCACAACACGCGGACUACCACCUGGCAGAGGCCUGACACGGAGCGACUGGCACGCUUCCAGGUGUGGCGCGGUGAGCGGCGGCACGUGGUGGCGCAGGGCAACCAGCGGUUCCUGUACCCGCAGCCGCAGCCGCCGCACCCGCCAACGCAAGACGCCGAAGGUGGCAGUAGUGGAGCGGUUGGUAGUGCCAGUACGAGUUCGGCCUCCAACCCGGGUGCUCCCAACAGCGCGGGUUCGACGGCGGGUGUUGACGACGGCCUGGGCGCACUACCGGCCGGCUGGGAACGACGGGUUCAGCCCGACGGCCGCGUGUACUACGUCAACCACAAGAACCGGACCACGCAGUGGGAGGAUCCCCGCACUCAGGGUCAAGAAAUAAGUGCGCUGGAGGAGGCCCUCCCGCCGGGUUGGGAAAUUCGCUUCACGGAAGAUGGCACUCGAUACUUCGUGGACCACAAUACUCGGACUACCACCUUCCAGGAUCCUCGACCUGGAGCACCCAAAGGACCGCAGGGGGCGUACGGCGUACCCCGGGCCUAUGAGCGAUCCUUCCGGUGGAAGCUCAGCCAGUUCCGGUACUUGUGUCAGAGCAACGCGCUGCCGAGUCACAUUAAGAUCACUCUCUCCAGGCAGACCUUGUUUGAAGAUUCGUAUCACCAGAUAAUGAGGCUACCUGCAUAUGAAUUACGAAGACGUUUGUACAUUAUAUUCAGAGGGGAGGAGGGUUUGGACUAUGGCGGUGUGAGCCGAGAAUGGUUCUUCCUGCUCUCACACGAAGUUCUCAACCCCAUGUACUGCUUGUUCGAGUACGCGAACAAAAAUAACUACAGCCUCCAAAUAAAUCCUGCCAGUUACGUCAACCCAGACCAUCUGUUGUAUUUUAAGUUCAUCGGGAGGUUCAUAGCGAUGGCCUUGUAUCACGGCAGAUUUAUUUACUCGGGAUUCACAAUGCCCUUCUACAAAAGAAUGCUCAAUAAGAAGCUGACAAUGAAAGACAUAGAAUCCAUUGAUCCGGAGUUCUACAACUCAUUGGUGUGGAUUAAGGAUAAUAAUAUAGACGAGUGUGGGCUUGAAAUGUGGUUCAGUGUGGACUUUGAGGUGUUGGGCCAGGUCAUCCACCAUGAGCUGAAACCGAGCGGCGACAAGGAGCGCGUCACAGAGGCUAACAAGGAACAAUAUCUACAACUGGUGACACAGUGGCGAAUGACUCGCGGCAUCGAGGAACAGACAUCCGCGUUUCUGGAUGGAUUCAACGAGGUGGUACCACUUGAAUGGCUGAAAUACUUCGACGAGCGCGAACUGGAGCUGAUGCUGUGCGGCAUGCAGGAGGUAGAUGUGGAUGACUGGCAGAGGAACACCAUCUACAGGCACUAUACGAGAACUAGCAAGCAAGUGGCCUGGUUCUGGCAGUUCGUUAGACAGAUGGACAACGAGAAACGCGCGAGAUUGCUUCAGUUUGUGACGGGGACGUGUCGGGUACCAGUCGGUGGGUUUGCCGAGCUGAUGGGCUCCAAUGGUCCGCAACGGUUUUGUAUAGAAAAGGUGGGCAAGGACACUUGGCUGCCCCGAUCUCACACAUGCUUCAAUAGACUAGACUUACCGCCCUACAAGAGCUACGAGCAGUUGUGCGAAAAGUUGAAUUAUGCUAUCGAAGAGACCGAAGGUUUUGGUCAGGAGUAACACAUUACUUUGUCCACCCAGUAUAAAUACGGAGAAAAUUGUAAAUUAUUAUUAUUAUCACACAUAAAUUAAAAGCACCAGUACCUCCAAAAGAGGGAUAUUACUUUUUACCAAGAGAAUUGGUGCAGUCGUGAAAAGACCAACCAAAUACUUGAAUGAUUUAUUUGUUUAAGGGUACAUUAGUCGACGGCUCAAACUCGUUAGGGCUAAAAUGCAUGUUAUCUCAUCCAAUGUCAUGUGUGAAAGUGAAACACACUGUAAAGAACAGUAAGAUGCACUCGGGCACACACACUCCAGAAUUGAUAAUGAUUUAUAUCGAAAAUGUGCGCGUAAAAUUUUAUGAAAAGGCCUCUGGGCAUAUUUUGAAUCUACUGAAUGUACCUGAUCAAUAUAAAAUCAUUUGAAAUGUUAAGUAACUAAUCUAUCCGUGGAUGGUAAAAGUUUUGCCAUUUUCAAAAUCCAUAAGUUGUUUAUUUACGCUCGACGUCACGUUAAAAUUACUGAUAAAAAUGGAAGUUUCGAAUCGAAUUUUUACUUUUUUUUUAUUUUACAUACAAGGCUAGGUGAGACAAAUAUAACUUUUCAGUUUAAACAUACACCGUCAAUCAGGGUAGUAAUCGCCAUACUACGUACGUUUGUAUGGAAGAAUGCUCGACUAGCGCAACCUUAAACAAUUAUUUUAUAAUUAUGUAGAUAUCACUAGUGUAUUGUCGGUUAUAUAAGAUAUUAUAUUAUUUUGUUUGAACUAUAUUUAAAAGGUUCUUAUAAAGUUCAAUAAAAUUUUAAAACGAA